AUGUUCGUUCUGCAUGCAUUUCUCAUUCUUGUCGGAGGUGACAUCCCUGCGAUCUCAAUGAUCAUGCGUAUGAAGGGGCACAAUGGAUACGCACCAUGCCGCAUGUGCAAAAUCGUCGGUGUUCGAGUCCCCAAUGCACCUCACAGCCCAUAUUAUGUCCCGCUUGACCGCUCUCGACAUCCCGCACCCGGUGCCAUCAUUUCCUAUGAUCCCGCAGCGCUCCCGAAAUGCACACAUGAAGACAUACUCACUCAAGCGCACGAAGUGCAAAGUGCACGUACUGAUGCCGAAGCCGAGCGACUUGCCAAGGCUUAUGGAAUCAAAGGUGUCCCCCUCCUCUCAUGUCUCUCAUCACUCUCUUUUCCACUCUCCUUCCCCUACAAUUUUAUGCAUCUGAUCUGGGAAAAUGUCAUCAAGAAUCUUGUACUGCUGUGGACUGGUGAGUUCAAGGGUCUAGAUGAGGGAAAUGAAGAAUACCAGCUACAUCCGGACGUGUGGACUGCAAUCGGCGCCGCUACUGCUGCUGCCGGCUCCACAAUACCUUCAGCCUUUGGUCCUCGGAUACCUGAUCCUGCUACUGACAAGAGUGCAAGCACGGCUGACUCCUGGUCACUAUGGUCUCUAUACGUCAGCCCUGUUCUUCUCGCCUGCAAGUUCACGCGCCUGAAGUAUUAUGAACACUUUAUCGAGCUGGUCAAAUUACUCCACAUGUGCCUGGAGUUUGAGAUUAGCAGACAGGAUAUUGCCAUCAUUCGAGCGGGUUUUAUAAAGUGGGUGACUACGUAUGAAAGUAUCGACAGAUACCUCAUAGAUUCAGCACGUCUGGAGCACAUUAAGAUGCUGUAUGGCAUGGAGAAAGAGCUUGCACUGAAGCCGACAGCAUCAAUGUCAGGUCUUGCUGUGGCAGAGUACAAUACAUGUCUGCUGCUUCCACCUCAUCGAACAGCUGACAUGAAGACUACCCCGCUGAUUGAGAAGAUUGUGGGGGCUUUGGCAACACGAUUCAAUGGAAAAGUACGGAUUCUCCCCGAUGGUGACACCAUCCAUGCGGCAGCCUUGAGCAAGCCUCGUGAAGACUGGCAUGAUGCGACGUAUGUGCGAUAUGAGGUGUUGGUCGACAAGAAUGCCCGAUUUCAUCGUAGACGCGUUGCUUUAGAAAUGCGCACCUUCUAUAGACAGCUACAACACAUCUUCGCUGUGCGCCUCGUGCCUUCGCAGCCACUGCAACUCACCAAACCGACAACUCUCAUCCUUGCCGCUAUUAAGUCCUGCCGGAUCGAAUGCUCCCACAACACACUCGACAUACACUUCUUCUCGGACACAGGCGCAGUGGAUGUCAUCGACAUUUCAUGCAUACAAUGUGUCAUCGGCAGGGUACUGGAUGGUGCUCACUGGGCGAUCAUAGACUGCAGUGGAUUGCUUGCGCGCACUGUGUAUGCUGACGAAGUCAAGGACUAG